GAACAGGGCAGUCGCCCAUACCCGAUCACAAGCUGAAGCGAGAUACAUAUCAUAAUCAAGUGCACAGUCGAGCAAUUUUCUUCAUUCUCGAACGGGACAUUUGUAAUUGAAGUUUCGAGCCGUACGUUUGCAGCUUUGGAAUCGCAAAUUGUCCAGGUCGGCAUUGCGUGUUUAAUUUCGGUGCUUCGUGUAAAUUAAGGACGAAAAACAGACGCGUGGAGUCGCUACGUUUCUUUGAAAACGCGCGUGGAAAUUUCUUGUGCGUAAGAUUUGACUUUUGUUUCGCGGUUCGCCCCAUUCCAGUAGUUUUCCCCAAAGAGGCUUUUCACAAUGUGGAGCGGUUUCAAACUGACCAAAUUUCUCGCCAUCGCCCUGCUCUUGGCUUGCAGCUCGAGCGGAUUCGCUGCUGUAACAGAACCCCCAGCGGAACAGCCCACAGAUGCUCCAGUAGUACAGACGACAACAAAACCAACAACUACAACCGUUGCGCCGAAAACUACAACUACCGUUGCUCCAAAAACUACCACUUUAGCUCCAAAUACCACAACGGUCGCUCCACCAACAACGCCUGCACCACCACCAGCACCAUAUCCAGAUCCACAAAUCGGAAAAUGGAAUACAUCAUGUAUAAUGGUUCAAAUGGCCGCACAGUUGAAUCUAACUUACGAAACGAAAGAUAACAAAACCACUACUGCAUUGUACAAUAUUCCACCAAACGCUACCAUCGAUGCUGGCAACUGUCUGAAUCAAACUGAACAGAUUAGUCUCGAAUGGGGCCCGAUAGAUGCACUUCACUCACUCGUCAUUCAAUUCAGCAAAAAUGAGUCCAGGAAAGAAUUCGCAGUGCAAUCGUUAGUUUUCAACAUCCCAAUUGAAGGUGACAAUUUCCCAAAUGCUAAAGAGGGUCAGCAUGCUCAGCUCAUAUAUGCUGGCAAACCAGUUUUCUCCACUCCACUUCACAUGUCCUACCAUUGCACCCGCAAACAAAAACUAAACCUAACGGAAACACUUGAUAUGACCAGCGAACCCAACGGUCAAGUUACUCUCACCAAUGUCCAAUUUGAGGCCUUCAGACCCAACAAUUCAACAUCUUUCUCAACGGCCAAGGACUGUGAUGCUCCCGACACCCCAGACGUCGUACCAAUUGCUGUUGGCAUUGCACUAGCUACGUUGAUCGUAAUUGUAUUAAUUGCCUAUUUGAUUGCACGACGACGCUCGACAGCUCGUGGCUACACCAGCUUCUAAAACGUUUGUGUAUUUAAUUCUAAUCGCGAAAAAGAAAAUAAAUCUGUUUCUCCCCCCGUUUCCCAUUUUAUAUAAGAACACAUUAAUUACACGCGAAAAGAAAAUAUUUAAGUUUUUACAAAGUACUGUGGUGAAAAUAUAGAAAUAAUAGGAAUAGAGCUGUAGCUUAAGGAUGUGCGACGGAGAGGAGGAAAGUGUGCGAGUCCUGUGAAACGAAGAUGCAGAGUCGCAGCACAGGAAGAAGCAACAAGAGAUGGCCGUCACUUUUUACGCGGUAAAUCAUAAUUUUGAUUCGGAAAUGUGAUUUGAUUUUCAGUUUAUGUUCAACAGAAACAAUUGAAUAUAUGUAUGGAGUAUAUUACGCAUCUUAUCAAUCGUCCCAUGUGGAAUUAUACAUACAUACACCUACAGGACAUACCUUCUUUACUUUAUCAAUCCCUGAAAAAUUACUUUUAUUUGGUAGCGCGCCUACAGUCAAUUUCUUUCUCAUAAACUAUCUCUCGAUUUCGGACUAAGCAUGCUAGGGUAAGCGUUGUCAAGAUUUUCCUUUGAAAGACACUUAAUUGAUAUCAUAGGAUGAGGAUUUUGGAUCCUACGAAGCGAAAUCAAUAAUGAAUUUGAACAAUUCUAAAAGGCUAGUAAUUAGAUUGAUAACAAUUUAAAUGAAAAUAUACACACGGAUACAAGAGAACAUACACGAAAUGAUUUUAAAUUAAAAAUAUUCAAUUUAUUGCUAUUAAAUCGAGGAAUAGAGUCAAGCAUGCAGGAGGCGGCGAUGUAAAAAUAUUAAUAAAAAUGUAUGUAAAGAAUUUUUAUUAUUAAUAAAGAAUAUACAAAGCUGAAAGACGA